AGCAAACCCUUCAGCCAUCAAGCUGGGGACCCAUCAAGCUCGCAUCAGCAUUCCACUGCCAGCCAUGGCGUCUGCUUCGCAUCGCACAUGCUAAUCUCAGCAUCGAAGACCCAUAUUGCGCCCAAAUCCGACCCCCUUAAGAAUUGCUGUUCUAACCCCUUUUCAAUUGCUGUGCAUCCGUAGGCUGGACUGAUGAAAGCGGGGUGACGGCGUGCGAAUUUAGUUAGUCUAUUAGGUUUUUGGCGCGCUGAUAGUGCGGCUUCCGCGUAGAGCUACCUGUGACAGGCGGCGUCCAGGAGCGUAGUACAAAAUAUCUGAAGGUCCUGUCUCUUGGUGUUCCCUGCUGUCGUCACUGGCAGGUCAUUGCCCCACGCAGCAGCGCAGUCCACGUGUUAUUGUCGAAUACAUGGAAUGAGUGAAUGUUGAGACAAUAAGCCCGGACCUUUCCGGCUUGUGGACCCAUCGUACUCCCCUGUACUCUAUUCUCCGAAUUGACUAAAGACAGCACCCUUCGCCAUCCGUCCGCUAUUCUCGCGUACAUCCCCAGCUCGACAUCAUCACCGUCAUCAUCACCGUCAGCAUCACCGUCAUCAUCACCGUCAUCAUCACCGUCAGCAUCACCGUCAUCAUCAUCACUGUCUUCUCCGUCGCCCCGCCGCCGACUCGCCACCCUCAUCCACGCCCACCUCCUCGCACGUGGCUCAUCGCCACCAUCCUCAUCCCCCUCCUCAUCUUCCUCGUCUCCCCCCGACUCGCCGCCAUGAAUCAGCCGCGCCGCAAGUCGGCGUUCCGCAUCGAGCCGUUCCGCCACAAGGUGGAGAUGGACCCCAAGUACGCGGAGAAGACGUGGGGCAUCCUGGAAGAUGCGAUUCACCAAAUCUACAACCACAACGCCAGCGGCCUCAGCUUCGAAGAGCUGUACAGGAACGCCUACAACAUGGUGCUGCACAAGUAUGGCGACAGGCUCUACGCGGGCCUGGUAACCACCAUGACGAACCACCUCAAGGGCGUGGCGGCGGCCAUAGAGGCGGCUCACGGGCCGCUGUUUCUGAAUGAGCUGGAUGCGAGGUGGCACGACUACGGCAAGUCGCUGCAGAUGAUCCGCGACAUCCUCAUGUACAUGGACCGCACGUAUGUGACCAAUCACAACAAGACACCUGUGCACGACCUCGGCCUCGCCCUCUGGCGCGACCACGUCGUGCGUGCGCCCGCCAUCCGCCCGCGCCUCCUCUCCACCCUCCUCUCGCUCGUCCAGCAGGAGCGCUCGGGCGAGGUGAUCAACCGCGCGCUCAUGCGCUCCAUCUCCUCCAUGUUCGCCGAUCUCGGCCCGACCGUCUACGCGGAAGAUCUGGAGCGUCCGUUUCUGGAAGCCUCCGCGGCGUUUUACCGCGGCGAGGCGCAGCGGUACCUGGGGACGUGCGACUGCGCGGACUACCUGAAGGUGGCGGAGAGGCGGCUGGAGGAGGAGGGCGAGCGGGUGGUGCAGUACUUGGACGCGCGCACGGAGGGCAAGGUGACGGCCGUGGUGGAGCGGGAGAUGGUGGGCAACCACCUCAGGCUGCUGGUGGAUAUGGAGAACUCGGGGCUGGUUCCCAUGCUCGUGAAUGACAAGUACGAGGACAUCGCGCGCAUGUACCGCCUCUUGAAGCGCGUGCCAGCGGGGCUGCAGACGAUGCGGGAGGUGAUGGCGGGGCACCUGAGGGACACGGGCCGACAGCUCGUGACUGACCCGGACAGGUCCAAGGACCCAGUGGAGUUCGUGCAGCGCCUACUAGAGGAGAAGGACAAGUACGACCGCAUCAUCAUCGCCUCCUUCUCGUCAGACAAGGCGUUCCACACGGCGCUCAGCACGGCCUUUGAGUUCUUCCUCAACCUCAGCCAGCGUGCCGCCGAGUACAUCUCGCUCUUCGUGGACGACAAGCUGCGCAAGGGGCUCAAGGGGGCCAGCGAGGAGGAGGCCGAGGCAGUCCUAGACAAAGUCAUGACGCUCUUCCGGUUCCUGCAGGAGAAGGACGUUUUUGAGAAGUACUACAAGCAGCACUUAGCUAAGCGAUUGCUGUCGGGGAAGACGGUUUCGGACGAUGCUGAGCGGAGCUUUAUAGUGAAGCUGAAGACGGAGUGCGGGUACCAGUUCACGUCGAAGCUGGAGGGCAUGUUUUUGGACAUGAAGACGUCUCAGGACACCAUGCAGGCGUUUCAGACGGCCCUGCAGGCGGAAGCGGCAGCGGCGGCGGCGGCGGGAGGGGGGGUGGGGGCGGGGGAGGAGAGGGGAGGCGGGGAGGGUGAGGUGGAGGAUCCCGCUAGUGGCGUGGCUGCUGCUGCUGCCGCUGCAGCUGCUGCUGGUGCUGCUGGUGGUGCUGUAGAGAGAGAUUUGGGGGAGGAGGGAGGGGAUGAGGGCGGGGAGGAGGAAGGGGAGAGGUCCAUACGUGGCGGAGCAGCAGCACUUGCCGAACCAGAUCUUGCUCUCGCCGGGCCUAGCUCCGCUGCCGGACCUUCCGGCACGGCAGCAGGGGGGGGACUAUUCCAGGGGCCUACUCUAUCUGUGCAGGUGUUAACCACAGGGUCAUGGCCCACUCAGGCAGGCGCCAGGUGCAACCUCCCCGGGGAGAUCCUGCCCAUCUGCGAGAAGUUCACUCGACACUACCUGACGACGCACACCGGGCGGCGGCUGACGUGGCAGAUGAACAUGGGCCAUGCGGACGUGAAGGCGACGUUUGAGUCGAGGAAAUACGAGCUGUCGGUGUCGACCUACCAGAUGUGCAUCCUCAUGCUCUUCAACACCCACGACUCCCUCACCUACCGCGACAUCGAAGCAGCGACCGACAUCCCCUCGGCGGACCUGCGGCGCAACCUGCAGUCGCUGUCGCUGGUGCGUGGGAAGAACGUGCUGCGGAAGGAGCCGGUGAGCAAGGAGGUGGGCGACGACGACACCUUCCACUUCAACCACAAGUUCACCUCCAAGUUCUUCAAGGUGAAGAUUGGGACCAUCUCGGCGCAGAAGGAGACGGAGCCGGAGAAGGCGGAGACGCGGCAGAAGGUGGAGGAGGACCGGAAGCCGCAGAUAGAGGCAGCGAUAGUGAGGAUUAUGAAGUCACGGCGCAUGCUGGACCACAACAACCUCGUCAGCGAAGUGACCAAGCAGCUGCAGGCGCGCUUCCUGCCCAACCCAGCGGUGAUCAAGAAGCGCAUAGAGAGCCUCAUAGAGAGGGAGUUCCUCGAGCGGGACCGCAACGACCGCAAGCUGUACCGCUACCUUGCUUAAAUGCGGCGCUAAAAGUGACUAGUGAGCCGUCAGAGAGGAUCUGUAAGCGGACAGAAGGGGAUCGCAUCAGCCACUGCAAGCUCUACCGCUACCUCGCUUGACGCCACUCUUCCUCGCUACAGCCGACUUGUAUUGCAGGUCACUUCUAAUGUGAUCUGUAAGCAGACGGAGAGAGGGAUUGCAAUGACUGCAAGCUCCACCGCCCUCGCUUGAAGAGACUCUAGAAAACCCUCUAAUUGUUCCAUAAGCAGGUGGCGAGGGGUCGUGAUUUGGAGCGACCUCACCUCAAGCUCUACCUACCACUACCUCGCUUGACCAAUAUGAAACAGCUUUCACAAGAACUGGGAUGCACUACUGUGAAGGUGGUUGCCCCACUUGUGAUCGAUUGAAAGUGGCAGUGCAAAUACGGUAUCUGUCUGCUGCCAUUUUGCCACUGGCAAUGCAACUUGCAAUCUGCUGUGGGGUGAUGAACCUUACAGUGAGCAACCUAGGUGAUGAACAUUAUAGUGAGCAAUUUACUGUACUGAGAUAACCAGUCCUCCUUUUGCAAGGGGAAGGAGUAGGAAAGGAAUGAUGUGAUGGUAGGGGCUCCCCUGUUACGGUGGGUAUCUUGUACGAAGUGGC